UAUACCCUUGACACAUAUGCAGGGAGGGCCAGUGGGUCGCUGUGUUUCCGAAGGACACAGGGAAGCAGCCCACGUGUGCUGUGGGUGCCGCAAAUACCCACUGUGACACAGGGAGGAUGAAUCAGACGGCGUGAAACCAGAGUCAGAAGUCGGACAGAAAUGUGUUUGCUGUCUCCAAACGUCUGAGCGACGAUACCUGGACACAUGCGUCGAUGCCCUGACAACAUGACUCACCGGACCGUUACAUUUAACAUGGGAGCCUCAGCAUCGCUGACAGGCUGGCUUAGGUAACCAUGGCAACCAGCAGCCUUCACAGAAAGUCUCCUGAAGCGCUGCGUUGGAAUGCUGGUUAUAAAGCCGCUGUACGCAGCAUUUAUUUCAUGCAUAACCUUUGUGCUGGAUGUAUAGGUUGAAACGGUGUUUCCCAACCCCUGGGCCGUGGCACAUUAGUGGACCAUAAGACCUAAUCUGGUCACCAUGGAGAAUGAUUGAACUUCAAUCAAUUGAUCUGAAAACGGUUAUUUAGUCAGAGAUAAUAUUAAUUUGUCUAUGCGACAGUUAGAGGCUGAACAAUUAAAUACUCUUCCACUAGGUGGCAGCAGUGUCCAAAACCGCCCCCUACACCCUAUAUAGAGCACUACAUAGAAAGAGAUCUUUGUGUGUCUUUCUUCAAUCCCUGUGAGUAUAUCAGUGCUGUGUUCAACUAGAGGUGUGUGUCGGUGAGGGUGUAGUGUUUGAAGACCGUCUGAACGACAGGAGGCGAUGUAGAGCCAGAGGUGUCUGAGGAGCUGCUGUUGGAGAAAAUAAAUAAAUGAUCAUGAUGAUGGUGGUGGUGUUCACAGAGCUGGAGUUGGAAUAAACAAAUUAAAAAACAACAAAAAUGUAGCAUUGUUGAAAUAAUCACAUUUCUCAAGAAUUAAAAUCGUAAAGAUAAAAAGUGUGAACAACGAUUAAUAAAAAGCUGACCCGUUUUUUUUUUUUUUAAUAAGACAACAUGUCAUGUUUUGGGGGGUCAGGUGGGUGGUCAGUGAUUUCUCCUGCCCCCCCCCUUUUUGGGGGCGCUAUUGAGUGUUUUUUGCGCAUGCGUUGAGGCAGAAGCAGCGACCACUUGUUUGAACAGAUGACCGUGUUUUCUCCCACUGCGCACCGUGAAACAUCAACACGAUCUUUUAACCUGCUGAGGAAGAUCCUCCAGGUGCCGCUCUCCGACGCCCCCUCCCGUCUCCCCCUCCCGUUCCCCCCUCCCCAGCGGAAUCUGCGUGCUGGUGAGCAACAGGCUGCACCGCUCACGCCAAGUCUCCACGCGAGAGCGACUGUGCCAUCUGUGACCGCGCCAGUCGUGGCUCGGGUUUUUUUUAUUUUUAUUUUUUUUAUCCGACUUCCACGCCGAGGAUGAAGAAGCAGAACGUGCGCACGCUGUCGCUCAUCUUCUGCAUGUUCUCCUACCUGCUGGUCGGCGCCGCGGUCUUUGACGCGCUGGAGUCGGAGUCGGAGAGCUCCCGCAGGCGCGUCCUGGAGCAGAAGCGCAGCGAGAUGAAGAAGAAGUACCGCUUCUCCGAGGACGACUACCGGGAGAUCGAGCGGGUGGUGCUGCAGGCAGAGCCGCACCGCGCCGGCCGACAGUGGAAAUUCGCUGGUUCUUUUUACUUUGCCAUAACUGUGAUCACCACCAUCGGUUAUGGACACGCUGCACCGGGGACGGACGCAGGGAAGAUCUUCUGCAUGUUCUACGCUGUCCUCGGUAUACCGCUGACCCUGGUCAUGUUCCAGAGCCUGGGAGAACGCAUGAACACGUUCGUCCGUUACCUCCUCCACAAGAUCAAACAGUGCGUGGGGUUCCGGCGGACCGAGGUGUCCAUGGAGAACAUGGUCCUCGUGGGCUUCCUGUCCUGCAUCGGGACCCUGUGCGUGGGGGCAGGGGCCUUCUCCUACUUCGAGGGUUGGAGCUUCUUCCAUGCGUAUUACUACUGCUUCAUCACGCUCACCACCAUCGGCUUCGGGGACUUCGUGGCCCUGCAGAAAAAGGAGGACCUGCAGGAGAAGACGCCCUACGUGGUCUUCAGCUUCAUGUACAUCCUGGUGGGACUCACGGUCAUCGGAGCCUUCCUCAACUUGGUGGUCCUGCGCUUCCUCACCAUGAACACCGAGGACGAGCGGAGGGACGCUCAGGAGAGGGCGUCCCUGAAGAGGGACAAGGGCCUUCGUAUAGGGGGCGCUGUUGGACUGCGUGCCGGAGAGGAGAAGUGCAGAAGUGGCCACCGGCAGAAGACCAGGGCCAACGUGGUCACCAUUCGCAGCCACAGCACCCUCUACCUGCCGAUGGAGGAAGGGACCAGCUGCACUAACCUUAUAGCGUCCCCGGUGGAGGAUCAGGAGCAGCGCAGGAGCCCCUGCAGGCACAGGCUGCACUUCCAGAUCAAGGGGGGGAGACCGAGGGCGGAGUCCAGCCUCAGCUCCCUCUGCUCCUGUGUCUGCUACCGCUUAGGCAUUUGUGACAGCCCCCUCAUGUCCCACCGUGACCCCCCCCCCGGCUGCCGCGUCACCUCUGUUCACUACGACAGCACACACAGGGUGAAGGGUUCGAGGGACAACACCGGACUCUCCUCUCCAGGAAGUACCCUCUCUCCCGGGCACAGCUUCCGGGACUUUCCUCGUUCCAGGAGGAAGUCGGUGUGAAGUCGGUGUGAAGUCGGUGUGAAGUCGGUGUGAAGUCGGUGACGGACGACGUGUUUGCACUAAAGAAGGACCAUUGUUUUGAACGAUGCUGCAUGUGUGACCGUUCCUUGUGCGGGACAGAAGAGAACAAUUCUGUACUCGGAAGAAGUCGUUGUGGGUUUUGAAACAUUUCCUCCGAUGGCAGUUGUUUGUUACUCCAUGAUUUCGUGGUUGGGUUUUCAGUUUUUUGGGUUUUUUUUUGCAUGUAAGGCAAAGUCCAACGCAUGCUUCAGUGAAUGUAAAGCACAUGAUGUUUAGGCAUGAGUGCUAACUGUGUUCCUUUAUUACCUGAAGGGUUGAAGCAGGUUGGGCUGUGGUCAGAGGUCGGUGAUUGUCGGUGGUAAGAUUUUUCUGAUGACCAAGACUAUGGCAUGUAUUCUUAACUCAGACAUGCUCAAAAUAUCCCUACAAAUGAUACGCAACAUGAACCAUUGUCAGUGAGCAGCCAUUGUUGUUGAACCCCCAUCCCACCGCCUCAUCAAACCAACCAACUUUUUCCACAUUUACAAGUCGAAAAACAAACCCCAUUUCCUUAAUCUUCUUCUAUGAAAACAUUAACAAAAAAUCAUCCAUGAAAAUCCAAACUUUAAAUAAUAGAGCGUUUCUGUGCCUCUCCUGUAGUGCUAUGGCGCCCCCUGGAGGAGGCAGACCUCCUACUUUCCAGUAUGGAAGAAGGCUGUUCACUCCAGAUCUCAGAUCCUGAUGAUCAGCUGUGUCUGAUCCUAACUCAUAUUAACGAUCGGUUCCUCUUGAAGAACGCCUCUUCGUCAAAGUCUUCCUUCAAAUCUGCCUUUAUAGAUCAAAGGACACGACAGUAACAGAGGUGUUUACAAACACUAUGCGAACAUGCACCGUCGUUUCUGGUAAAAAAGUGGUUCAUGUUGCCUGAGACUUGUUACGAUCUUUUGAGCA